UUACGGUCGUCACAUACAUACAUAUAUACGUCUACUGAAGCUGAAGGGUGGUAGAAACUUGAAUUGCGUCUAGGCUGAUCGUAAUAGUGAACCAGCUGACUUCCAGCAACGCAAAAGUCUUCAGUUGCCCAACGCUUGGGCCUUGUUAUAAAAUCUUCAGUAGAACAGGUAAUACGAAAGGCGAGCCGUGGAAAGAAAACUGAAUGGUGUAAAAUCAGCACAGAAGUUGCACUAUGGAAUUAUGGGCAAAGAAGACCAUCACGUUGGAACGCGCUAUGAAGACGAAUAAAGUGGGCAACCAGACAAACUCUCAAGACCCUCAAGCGGUGAACUCGCGGGUGUUUGUCGGAAAUCUCAACACGUUCCACUGUAGUAAAAUUGACGCGGAGCGAAUUUUUCAGCGAUACGGACGCAUUGCCGGCAUCUCCAUGCAUAAGGGGUACGCCUUUGUGCAGUUCACGAACCCGUUCGACGCUCGAAGUGCGUGCCUCGGCGAGGAUGGACGAAAAGUGCUAGGACAAACCCUGGAUGUGAACUUGGUUGCCGAGCCAAAACCACAUCAGACUGGUAGGAAAAGGCAAAAUGUUGCGAAAACCGGGAACGACUGGGACUACUACUACGACAGUUACUACGCCUCAGCGUCAUUCCCUCCGGGACCACCACGAAUUGUACCACCUCCCAAAAGACCACGGCUAAUGGUACCACCUGCCAGACCGGUCAUCAAAGCUCCCCACUCUAAAAAGGUGCAGCCACCUCUGAACCAGCUGAAGAUAUACAGUAACCCUGACAUACUGAUAUGUGGCAACUGCAGGGAGAUGUUCACAGAGCUGCAAGAACUUCUGGACCACAAGAAAACGUACUGCAAACUCCGCUUCACUUGCAAAUGUCACACACUUAACGGCAUAAACAAUAAGUCCCCAGGAGACGACUCGUCUUCGACGGCAAUGCUAUUGUGUGUCCUGUGCAAGGACUCGUUCCCGGGCGCUUGGGAUCUGAUGGUCCACGUGCAGGCAGCUCAUAUGGUGACCAUCUACGAACUAGGGGUUCCAAAGUCAGACAAUACAAAGAAAGAUGACCAGACCUCAGACCACACGCCUUCAGAAACAUCGCCCUGCUCCUGUCCCAAGCAUGACGAAGAAGUGUUCACCGGACAUCGCAUUGCUGUUUCUUAUUCAGAAGGGAUCGUGUUCAAUUUCUAGCCCGAAGAAGACCAGCUAUUACUCCGGGCCGUGGUAGUGUCUUAAAAUACGCCAUAUAUUUG